GUUGUAUGUAAAAUGAUUCAAAUAUAAGCAACACUGUAGCCAACGUAAACCGUUUGCUAUGUCUCUCCUUCUGCGUUGCUGGUUCGCUCUCUUGUUACUGCUACAAUGUUACCAAUACACGAAUUUCGUUUCUCGACGAGUGUCGUCGUCGACAUAGAUAUAAACCUGCUUCGUCACCUUGGCCGACGAUAAAUUUUGGGUUCGUGAUUUUCUUUCAAUGUAAAUCAUUUGUCGGGCUUUUCAAAAAUAUUUCAAUUAAGUUAGCUGAUUUUGUUAAAUCGUAAAAUAAUAGAACAAUAAAGAAAACAAUCUGGUAUGACGGAUCAAAUUAAUCAACAAAAUCAUGAUAAUUCAAAGAGCCCGGCAAACGAUCGAAAAAGUUAUAGAAAUCAAAAAUAAGCUGGCUACGUUCACGGAGGCUAAUAAUGGUUCGUCAAACGCACAAACUGGUACAAUAAUGGCCGUUUUCUCCGACGCGGUUCAAACUCAGUUCAAUUUUUUCCAUAUAGUUUCGAGGUAGGAUGAACCGAGUUUAAACUCAGUUUAAACGUUGAAGAAAACGGGCAUAAACGAAUCAAAACGAAUCUUGGUCGGAGGAAGUUGUACCCACGUUGCACCAGUAGCCAGGCUAGCUUCACGGAUUAAAGUGAAUCUAGCCUCUAACCAAAAUAAGGAGAAGGUUCGUCAAACAGAAACACGUGCGCGUUCUGCCAAUGUGGGUCAAUGUCUAUACUUCCAUGUGCAUAAGCCGAUAAUAAAUUAAAACCACAAAUGUAAUAAAAAUCAUUUUAUUUGCAAGUAGUAACAAAGAAAAGCUUCAAAAAUGAAGAACAAACCGACACGUCACAAGGAAACAAAUACAUUUAAGUUUAAAAAAUUUUCGGAACGAGUUUCCGAAAUCGACAUCGAUAUAUUUCAUCGAGUGGCUCAUCGUUACGAAGAACAAAACGAGGAUGAUGUGGAAACUUUUUUCUAUCAGACGCUACAGAAAUGGCGAGAUCUCAAUCUUACCGAAGGCUAUACAGCUUUCAAAAAAGAAGUCAAAAAUAUUGUUACGCUUCCUCAGUUGCUUAAUCGUCGACAAGAAGUCAUCGACAUAUUAAUGAAAUACUUGACAGCAAAAGAUAACAAAGUUUAUCUUCAACCCAUACUAGAUUUGAUCGUCGCAGUGGCCCGAGACCUGCAGAAAGAAUUUUACGAGCAUUUCCCAGAAUUUCUUGCAGCCAUCAUUGAUUUGCUGAAUACAAAAGAUGCAGAACAGCUAGAGUUGGCAUUCACAGCUCUAGCAUAUUUGUUCAAAUUUCUAUGGCGUUAUUUGAUCAAAAACGUGGACCGGACAUUCGAUUUACUUUUGCCACUUCUGGCAGAAUCAAAACCAGCCUACGUGAACAAUUUUGCUGCAGAGAGCUUCGCUUAUGUAGUGAGAAAAGUACGUGAUCGUGAUUCCUUCUUUCGUCGAGUGUUACAAACUUUGGAAGAGAAACGACAGGGAAUAAGCGGAUGCGGGAGACUUAUGUUCGAAGUUAUUUUGGGAACAACCGGGCAAUUUCAUUCCUGUGCGGAGCCAAUGCUUUCUUUAUAUCUCGAAGCAUUGGAGGAUGAAACUGUAGAUGGAGAGUUGGUGCACAAUGUUCUUGAGAAAAUUUUUGAUUGUGUACUAAGCGAUAUUAAUCCACAGAAAAGUGAAGUAUUUUGGAAUGUUUUGCUGAAAUUCAUUGAUCAUCGUCUCAAUCUGAAAGAGUCAAUUUCUCAUAAUAAAGAGGGAUCAAUGAAUCAUCAUUCGAAUGUGGUAAAAUCAUUGUUCCGACUGAUUCGCCACGUCAUUGAUCACCGCAAUGGUAGGAUGUUGAUAAACCCUGUGCCGCUCGUGAAAAAGCUUGUUCGCAGCAUAGAAAUUCAUGAGGAAGAGGAUACUCUUCGACCAAUAAUCGAUGCUUCUGUGUCGGUACUUCUAGCCUCAGCAAUCAAACUCAGUCAAGAAACAGCGAGCGAGCUCGUGCUUAAACUUUUGUCAUUGAAACACAGAAACUUGAUUUUCUACGUUGUCGAACGUUUGGUCAAUUAUUCGUCGUUCGAAACUCUUGUUUUGCCUCAUGUCAUAGGACAAACGGUGCAUGAUGGUUUUGACGAAGAGGCUCUCUGGCUUUUCGCCACGAUUGUUAAGUGUCGAUCCCCACACUGUCUCAGUGGAGUUUAUUCGGAAAAUUGGAAAAAAUUUCCUCUCGAUUUUCGUAGAGCUUCCGAAUCAACGUUUAAUUUUUUGCGUUCUACUUUGGAAGAAAUAACGAGAGAGAAAAAUGUGAAGGAAAACGCUCUGAAGACAAUUAUAAUUUUGCCGCAUUUGAAUCCGCUCCCUGAAGAUUUUCUUGACACAUUGAAAACUUUGAUAAGUCUUCUGUUCAAGAAACUUGUCAGCGAAAAUACGCUCGAAGAAAAGGAGAUAGAAAAAUGGAAUUUUCUGUUUUUACUCGCGAUUGAAUCACUGGCUCGUAUUCUCACGGCUGACGAUUUCCAUGAUUUCGUCGAUUCCUUGAAGAUAUUUGGACUCGUGAAAAAACAUCCGAAUUCCAACAGCAUUUUGAACGCAAUUGAUUUGACGUUGACCCAAAUUUCAAAAUCGAAAAGAAGCGAAGAAACGUUGAGUAUAAAGAUGUUCGAGGAGAUGCAUGAAUCGUUAGUGACGAAAUUAUCUUCGCCAUUUCACGAAACUCGUCUCGUAGUUUCCCACGUUUAUUCACUCUUCCGUGACGUUGAAGAAACGAAAAAUUGUCCGGAAAAAAGUGGAGUUCCGAACGCGCUCGACUUGAUGUUUUUGGCCGAGAACGAACCUGCGACUGUCCACAAAUAUCGUGACCGACUCGUGCAUCUUCGAGCACUGACGUUCAACAGCCAAGCUUUAACGAAUUUGAACUCGAAAUAUUUCGAUUUCCCGCUACGAUAUCUCAUGGGAAAUUUGUGGAUUAAUUUCUCUCUGCUGUGGGAACCAGUGUGUCAGGCAAUUUCGUCAUACGCAACGAAGGAAUGUUCCCAAUUUUGGGAGAUUUUUCUGUCGGAUCUCAAAGCUGAAAGUCCAUCGGAAAAUCUGUCCAUUCUCGACGCAAGUACAAAAGUACCGGAUUUGUUCGAAUUCCAUGCUGCAAAUGAAUUGUUUAAAAAAUUAUCCUCAAACGAGGAAAAGCCUGAUCAUCUUAAUUACCGAUUGUUAUUGUGGAGAUGUAUGGAAGAAUUCGUUUCGUAUUGCGAAACGAAAAAUCGUGACUUGACUGGUCUCUUCAUUGCCAACGUGGAAACAAAUUAUUUCAAAUCAAACUCCGAAUCCGCGAGAUCGUGGAGCAUUGAGAAGAAGAAAGAUGAAUUAUCGAACGAGGAUUCCAUGGAAGUCGACAGUGAAGAUGAGGAAGAAGAGGAAAACGAUGGAAAAGAAAAAACAACGGAGAAAUCACAGAAAGUUUCAUCAAAAAGACUUCGAGGACGUGGAAAAUAUUUUGAGAUCAAAUUGAUCCUCGCCCAAAUGAGAGUUUUCGCAAAGAUGAGUAACCCGAGAACUUUGUAUCGUGAGCCAGAAAUGAAUAAAAUAUACAUGGAUUUGUUAACAUCGAAAAACGUGGAAAUACAAAAAGCAGCGUUGGAUUGUCUCUUCGCUUACAAGCCGAAAUAUCUCAUGCCUUAUAAAGAGAACCUCUACAGUCUUGUGGACGAAAAGAACUUGAAAAAUGAGUUGGCACGUUUUCGGAUCGAUCAGGAGAGCAGUAUAUUGAAGAACGAAGAUCGUGAAGGUUUAAUGCCGAUUCUUAUGAGAUUGAUUUAUGCAAAAAUGGUAAUGAAAAUUGGUACGAGAACUGGAGGCAAAGGAGGAGCAAUAGUACGUCGAAAGAUAAUUUUGCGAUUCCUUGCUGGCAGCCAGGAAGCAGAAAUGAUGAUAUUCACGCGAAUGGCAUUCAAACCUUUUGAAAAAUUCGUAUCUCUCGACCUGGCAACGGCUUUGAUCGAUCUGAAGGAUUUGGUGAGCGACGUGAGUACCAAAAUCGAUUUAUCGAACGUUAUACCACCAAAAAGAUUGCGAAGUGCUGUCAAUCUACUGUCCAUCGUAAUCGAGCAAUUCGGUGCGAAAAUGAGGGACAAUCUUUUGCCACGUUUGCUCGCAAUUCUCGUCUGCAUACUGGCUCAAUCGAAUGAAAUUUUGAAGAGAUCCGAAAACGUACUUUCAGGAUAUUUGCCAACGAUGAAAAGCCUCCGAACGACUUGCAUCAACGUCGUUACUCGCUUUUUCGCUCACUUUGAAAAUUAUCCCUGGAAAUCCGAAGAGUUGGACGCUCUUUUCGAUGUCGCAGUAUUUCCUCUGUUGGAAAAAUUGCCCAUCGAAGGAAUUCACAGUCCUACAGCUUUGCUCAAACUCUUUGGAGCUUGGGCCGAGAAUCCACGAUAUUACAAGCUGCUGGUGAAGCAUCAAACGGAAAACACUUCAUUAACGCCUCUCCCUUACAUCAUGAAGCUGUUAUUGGGUCCAAAAACACACCUUUCAGUUGUCAACACGAUUCUUGAAAUGCUGCAAAAAAUGUUGACCCUCCGAGAUGCAGAGAAAAUGGAAAUCGAUGAGGAACCUGUAGAACCAAUCACGGUCACAAACGUUCUCAGCGUGAAAGAAGAUGAAGCAUUGGAGAUGAAUUACGGUUCCACAAUAUUGAUGGCUCACGUGCCAGAAAUAUUGGAGUAUUUGAAGAAAAAAUUGGAACGAUCGAACAAAGGCAUAAACAAAAUAGAAUUAACAAUACUUUCGCGACUCUCGGAGCUGGUUAAAGAUCCCGAAAUGAGCGACAAAUUGUUAACUCUUCUAUUACCGAUUCUCGUUAAACGAACCAUUCGUGGCGAGACGGAAGAGACGAUUCUCGAGUUGCUCACGACCAUAGUCAAUCUCGUGAAAAACGUUAAAAAGCCCGAGAUUCAUUUGCGAGCUGUGAUCCCACUUUUGGGCAGCGUUUCUUCCGUGGUUGCGAGGAAAUUGCUGCUCCGUUUGAUCGUCGCCAUAGCCGAAGGCACGUCCGACGAAAAUCGUGAAGUUUUUCAAAAAAAUUCGGACCUCCUGGUGAGACUCAACGCUUGGGACCAAAAAUGGAUCGAGCAGCCAGAUUUCGAGAAGAGAUUGGACGCGUUCACAGAAAUUACCAAUUUGAUGGGAUCGUCUGACGACGAAACUCUUCGAUUGACCAUAGAAUUUGGUGUGGCGAUUAUUUACACUUGUUUCUUCUUCCUGAGCCACGAGACCGACUUGUCGCUCCGCGAUUCCUCGGGUCAAUGCCUCAAGAGCCUCGGACCAAAAUUGGCGAAAGCUCAUCAGAGCAGCAACGUCGAAAGGCGUUAUUUGAUGGACGAGACGAUUUUACGUAUUGUCAAAAAUGGUAUAAAAAGCAAAAACGAUGCUGUGAGAAAUCAGUCGUUGGCGUUGCUGGGCGAAAUGUCGCUGGAGUGUCCGGAAGUACAUCCGGUUCUUCGUGACUUGUCGUUGUUAGCGAACAAGCAAGAUCGGGAAGUAGAUUUCUUCGAAAAUCUCCAACAUCUUCAACUUCAUCGAAGAGCUCGUGCACUUCUGAAGUUUUCUUCCACCGCAAAAACCUUCAAAAGAUUACCCAACGCGAGGACUCUCACACAAUUCAUUUUUCCGAUUGCAUCGUCUUAUUUGUGCAACGAAUCUUACGCCAAUAAAAACAGCAUCGUCGACGCUGCCAUUGAGACCGUUGGUGUCGUUUGUCGUAUGCUGCCCUGGCAUCACUACGAAAUUAUUCUGAAACAUUAUCUCGACAAACUUGGCGGAUCGACCGAGUUUCAGCGACAAAUAGUGAGGAUCCUCGUCGCCAUAUUGGACGCUUUUCACUACGAUUUGUCGAAGCUCGACAACAAGGAUAUCAAAAUAAAGGAUGCGGUUGUGGAAGGAGAAAUUCAGGGGAUCGAGGCCGUGGAGCAGAGUGAGGACGUCAAAGAAUUGAACGGCGAAACGAUCGAACCUGAAGAUUUGUUGGACGAGGCACUAGAAGCUAUUGAAUUGCCGGAGGAUUCAGAAAAAUCGAAGGACGAUGAGAAGACGGAAAAACUGCAAAUCGCUGUUAUCGACAGGCAAACCAUUCUGUCUCAAUCCGCAGCAAAGAGAGUGGUAUUCGGAAUAACACAGAUAUUGUUGCCAAAGCUUCACCGUUCUAUCGUAGCUCGCACGCAGCACGAGAAUAGUCACAAAGUAAAUCGUCGUCAAACCGGAGCUGAAAGGGAAGAAGAAGAACUGACGAGAGUCCCAAUAGCUCUAGCGAUGGUGAAGCUCUUGCAGAAAUUGCCUGAUGGGAUCCUGGACCGAAACUUGCCUGGAAUAUUUAUGAAACUUUGUACGUUUUUGAAGUCGCGAUUGGAUUCUGUGCGACGAGCGACUCGGGAGAUUCUGCAAAAAAUUAUGGUCACCCUUGGCCCUGGUUACUUGCAUCAUUUGCUGCGCGAGAUGAAUUCAUUGCUGACAAAAGGCUUCCAAAUCCACGUUCUGGCAUACACGAUCCACGCUGUACUGGUUUCCUUGAAACCGCUUUUUAACGAAUGUCACAUGCCUGAGAAUCUUCAGGCAAUAUUGUCCGUUUGUAAAAUCGACCUCUUCGGGCCGACUGGAGAGGAGAAAGAAAUCGCUGCAAUCGUGAAAAAUGUUUCUGAAGCUAAAUCGACCAAGAGCUACGACAUUUUUGCCAUAAUCGGACAGUUCGUCACGGAGUCUUGUCUGCUCGACGUUAUUUUACCCCUGCGUGAAAUUCUCGCUGAAACGAGGUCCCACAGAACAGUACGAAAAGCUGUCGAAUGCCUGAGGCAUUUUGUGCUCGGUUUGGCUGACAAUUCUUUCAUCGCAGUCGACAGGAUCCUCGUUUUUCUUUAUGGCAUCGUUUCUCAAAGUAUUCCCGAACUUUUGCCUCCAAGGAAGGCUCCGAUCACGGAAAAGGAGAGCGAAGCACUGACGAGACAGAAACCUGAUUGCUAUCUGAUAGCGCCUGAGCCCAAAACACGAAUGGGCGUUAAAACCGUCGCCAAAAUGUCUUCCGAUACCAAUGCUCAUGUCAUGAUGGAAUUCGCUUUGAAACUCUUUCACAUUCUUUUGAAACGGGAUCGUGUCGCUGGCUCUGCUUUCAAAUCUUACAUCGAUCCUUUUGUACCGGUUCUCGGCGAUUGUCUGGAUUCCAAACGUGUUAAGCUCAGCACUCUAGCGCUGCAGUGUUUGAAUUGGAUACUGAAAAUGGAUCUGCCGAACGUACGGGAAAUGGUCUCUGCAAUCUGCUCCUCAAUAUUUGCAAUUCUGCACAAAUACGCUGCAGCUGGUUUGAGCAAAGGUGAUAAUUUUGAUCUCGUCAUGGCAUCGUUCAAAUGCAUGUCAGUCCUCGUACGUGACGUCAAACAUUUCACUAUGUCGGACGAUCAGAUAAAAGCACUGAUUCUCUACGCCGAACAAGAUUUGCACGACAGUGAUAGACAGGCGACAGCUUUUAAUCUCUUGAAAGCCAUAAUCAGUCGAAAAUGGAUGGUUGCUGAGAUGCACGCUGUCAUGGAAAAAGUCGCUACGCUCAGCGUUACUUCCGAUCUUGAUCAUGUUCGCCAACAGUCCAGAUCCGUUUUUUACUCCUUCCUCAUGGAAUAUCCCCUUGGGAAAAGUCUCGAUAAGCAUAUUUCUUUUUACCUCUCACAACUCAGCUACGAGAUGAAACCUGGCAGAUUGAGCGCUCUUGAAAUGAUUCACAGCAUUGUUACAGGAUUUCCAGAGAACGUUCUUGUGGAACAAUCAGGAAUUUUGUUCUUCAUGGUCGGAAUACGAUUGAUAAACGACGACGAUCCAACAUGUAGGAAAUUGUGCGCAAAAUGCAUCAAGGAAACGAUACAGCGAGUACCGCACAAUCAGAGAGUUAAACUUUUUGAUAUCGUUAAAUUGUGGUUAGCGGAUACGAAGGUCACGCACAGAACGUUGGCUGCUCAGCUGUGUGGAAUUUUCGUGAACGUCGAGAAAGAGUCGUUCGAAUCGAGAUUACCGGAAAUUUUGCCAUUAGUUUUAAAACAAUUUCACGCCGAAGAUCCUGAGAAUCCUGUCGACGAGCCUGGACGAUUCGUCAAAUUGCCAAAACCGAAUGUCAAAACGAAACGAAAAUCUCGCAAAUUAGGAAAUAUCAAUAUCAAAGAUCCUGAGAGAAUGAAGGAUCAUCAUCUGUUUCAAGUACUGCAAUUGUGCCUCAAAAUAUCAGCGAACUGCCCGAUUCUGUUUAAGAACGAAAAGUACGAGGAUUCAGUACGUUCACUUGCAGAAUACAGCCAGUCGCUCUUGGCACAUCCCCAUUUAUGGGUACGCUUGGCAGCAACCCAAUUGAUCGGCUUUGUACUGGCUGGUUUGAACGAACAAAAAAUCCUUCAUCUUCUCGAAAAUCCCAAGGACGUUGUGAACGAAAAUGGUUAUUUAUAUUCCGAUCCGAUCGAGACCCUCAGAAGUUUGAGUCUCGAUCUCGCUGCUCAAUUACAGCCGGACAUGGAGUUCGAAGAAUUGGCUGAUCAGGUCGUUAAAAAUCUUGUAUUCGUCGCGAGGGUAAUGAAAUCUCUGAAAAUCGAGAGUUCUGACGCGAGGAAAAGGAAGGACGAAAGUGCUCCGGAAAAUGAGGAACCAGCUCAUAACGCGGAUAUUUCCAUUUUAUGGCUUCUCAGGCGAUUGAGAAAAUAUGUCAAUAUCGAGAUAACUCAAGCGCCCAAAUCAACAUCUGUGCGAAUGGCCAUGUUCAAAUGGAUCGCAGGAAUCACGGCCACAAUUCCAGUAGAGCAUUUGAACCCGAUAUUAUUCCAACUGAUGUCGCCUCUCGUUCGUGAAAUGUCAACUACGGAUGAGUCGAACGCUCCGCUGCGCCAAUUAGCCAAAGAAGUGGCAAUGAUGAUCAAGAAGAACAUAGGCAAUGAAGAUUACGCGAGAUUGCUCGUAAAAGUGCAACAAAAACUAGACACGAGGCGAAGCGAACGUAAAAAUACUCGCACGAAACAAUUGGUGACUGAUCCAGAAUUGGCGGCUAGGAGAAAAAUCGCGAGACAACAGAAGAAAAAGGAUGCAAGAAAACGAAAAAUGACUGAAAUGAAAGGCAAAAAAAUGAGAACGAAAAGACCUCGCAAAGAAGUUGAUUUAGAAAUGGCGUAACGAUCAAUUUUAUGAAGUUCUCUUUAAAAGAGAGAGAACGCAGAGUGAGAGAGAGAGAGAGAGAGAGAGAGAGAGAGAGAGAGAGAGAGAGAGAGAUAGAGAACUCGAUUUCUAGGAAUCGAAACUUGCAAAUUCUGUACAUAAUGAAUAUUUUAUAUAUAGAUUAAUUAAUAUGCUGAAACAAAA